AUGGUUUUACACAACUGGAGUUUAGCAAAAACGUGUGGACUAGUUGGCUAUAGCGCGGUUCUUUGGGGAAUGGGUGUCGGAGCUAUUCGCUAUGGAGGACCAUAUAUGUAUCAUACCAAUCUACAUCGAAGUCUUACGAUGGCUGCUACAUUACCAGCUUCUUACGCUCUAGUACGCAUUACUGAAGCAGUAUGUUCACUGAAUUCACAAGAUAGAAUAGCCGCACUGGCACUAAUUAGCGGUAGUGCAAUUAUUCUCGAUGGCGUCGCACACACAUGGUUUCCAAGUGCAUAUGAAAAUCCAUCGUUACAGCAAAAAAAUCCUCUAGCAGCAUGUUCUAUUUCAAGAUAUGGAUCUGGUUGGUUACUCUACUUUGUCGGCAUGUGCCUGACAAUCGUUGUAUUCACAUAA